AAUGAUAGCAUGUAAAGGCAGGUAGGCGUGUGUGUGUGUGUGUGUGUGUGUGUGUGUGUGUGUGUGUGGGGGUGUGGGUGUGUGUGUGUGAGAGAGAGCUGACUUCCUGAAAUCACUCCAGGACUUCAAACUGUGACUAAAACACUUAAUCAUCUGAUUUAAAGUCUGUGAGGAAAAGACAAAGAACUCAACCAGAGGUGGAAAAGAGUCCUAAACAUGGAGAGUCCUGUGACUGUCGAUCACUACAAGGCCGGCAUGGUGCUGAGCGGUGUGGGGGACGCUCUCGGCUACCGGUGGGAGUUUAAUUAUUCUGGACCAAAUAUCCAUCAGGAAGUUCAGAAGCUUGGAGGAGUGAAGAACAUCUCUGUUAGGCUUCCUCAUUGGCCAGUCAGCGAUGACACAGUGCUUCACUUGGCGACUGCUGAAGCUUUAACCACAGGUAAGGAAGGUGAGGAGCUGCUGCAUGAGGUGGCUUCCCGUUACAUAAAGGGUAUGAAGGAUAUGUCUGGGAGGGCUCCAGGAGCGAUGACCAUCCAUGGUGUGAAUCAGUUAAAGCCAGGAGCUCCUGGAGGCUACAGAAUAGCUUACGACCAAACAAGUGGAGGAUGUGGUGCUGCCAUGAGGGCUAUGUGCAUCGGCCUGAGAUACCCUCGACCAGAGCAGCUCUCCUCACUGGUCGCAGUUGCCGUGGAGACUGGAAGAAUGACCCACCCUCAUCCAACCGGAUUCCUCGGGGGCGUGGCUUCUGCUCUGUUUGCAUCCUACGCCAUCCAGCGCCGUCCAAUCACGACCUGGGGGCUGGGCUUAGUGAAGGAGGCUUGUCCAAUAGCAAAGGAGUUUGUGAGGUCAGCAGGAUACGCCGUUCACGAGACGGAGAGAGACUGGGGUUACUUUACUGAAAAAUGGGAAUGGUAUCUUGAGUUGAGGGGUUUGUCAUUAGGAAGUGGUCCAGUGGUCUUUCCUGAGCUAUACGGACCUGUUGAACGUGACGAGGCAUACAAAAGCUUCAGCUGGUCUGGAUGGGGGGGCAGCAGUGGUCACGAUGCACCAAUGAUAGCUCUGGAUGCCCUCCUGGGGGCGGGGUCAAACUGGGAGGAGCUAAUGAACAGGGCAGGAUUCCACGGAGGAGACAGCGACAGCACGGCGGUCAUAGCCUGCUGCUGUUGGGGUCUGAUGUACGGGAUGGAGGGAGUGCCCGAGUGUAACUACACCUACCUGGAGUACAAGGACCGCCUGGAGAAGAGUGCUAAGAAACUUUAUGCACUAUCACACUGAAUUCCCCUUGUGGUCCUCAAUCUGGAUUUUUAAGUACACUAUUAGACCUUAAGUUUCACUCUUGUACCUUAAAUUAGCUUUUAAAGUAAUACAUUAAGGAUGUACUACAUACAUCUUUCCAGGUAAAACAUACUUACACACUAAAGGUAUAAAAGAUACACUUGAGGAUAAAAUUAAUAAAAAUAUUAAAAUAUAUAUAUAUAUAUAUAUAAAUACUAUAGAAAUAUAUACAGAAUGUAUUUUGCAACUAAUUAUUGUUUAAAACUCUGUUCAAUAUCAAUCAUGUAAACGAACAUAAUGGUUGUCAUGACACAUGCUUCCGAGUCAUAAUUAAAACUAGAAACUUGACUUUUAUUAGAAAUUAUCCACACAGAGACAGGACUGAAAGUUCAAUUCAAUUCAAUUUUAUUUGUUUAGCGCUUUUAACAAUGGACAUUGUCACAAAGCAGCUUUACAGAAAUAAAUGGAUUCAAAAUA